AUGGAUGAGAAUUUCACUUUUGGGCAACCAACAAUGUUUGAUCCCAUGGAUCAUUAUAAGUUUUCUGCAGAUAGCAUGCAAUUAGCAGAGAAGGGUGGAAUAGUAAAUGAUCAACAAGAACUCUCCUCCUUCGAUUUGGGAAUUCUCGACGAUGAUUAUUUUCUUAAUAAGGUCUCUCCGCCUUCAUUUGGAAUUCUAAAUAACUAUGGCGGUGGUGGAUUUCGAAGGAUAAAAAAGAUUCCAACAUCUAAUCAUGAAAAGAAUACUCUUCUAUGCAGCAAAGGAAAAUCAAAAUCAACUGAAGAGAUCAUAAGAUUGGCGGGGGAGAGAUUUCUUCAUUCGUCCUCGUCUCAAAUAAUCGAAGAUCUUAGCUUGUUAAGUCAUCAUCCAUAUGGAAGUUCAUUCUUUGAACUCUCUUCCGAUGAGAUUAAAGAUGUUGAACUAAUUCAUAACCUUCUAGCUUCGGCAGAGAAAGUUGGUCAACAACAAUUCGACCGUGCGAGGAAACUACUCGAUCAGUUCGAUCAUUUGUGUUCGGGUGAAGCAAAUCCAGUUCAAAGAAUAGCCCAUUACUUCUCCAAAGCUCUUCUUCACAAGAUUGAUUGUGAAACAGGGAGAAUUGGAUCAAAAAAGUCGAUUCUUCUCAAUUUGGAUGAAGUUUCAAUGAGUACCAAACCGGCUGUUAUAGCGUUUCAUCAAGACGUUCCAUUCUCGCAAGUUCUCCAAUUUGCGGGAAUGCAAGCCAUCAUAGAAAACAUGUCUAAUGCCAAAAGGGUUCAUGUAAUUGAGCUCGGGAUAAGGAGUGGCGUGCAAUUAACCGUUUUGAUGCAAGCCUUCGCAGCCAGAGUCGAGCCCCGGGUCGAGCUUCUCAAGAUAACUGCUGUCAGCACCAAACCGAAGUCAGAGAUUGAAGGUGUAGGUAAGUGGCUUACUGGCUUCGCUGAAUCGUUCAGUUUACCAUUUCGUUUCAAUGUUGUCACGGUUUCUGACAUGUUUGAUCUCACCGAGGAUCUAUUUGAGGUUGACGACGAGGAAUCAGUGGCGGUUCAUUCGCCCUUUUUCCUAUGGUCGAUGAUAGGGAGGCCAGACCGUCUUCAGAACCUGAUGAAAGUGGUGUCGAGUUUGAACCCUUGUGUAAUGUUGGUUAAUGAGGUGGAGGGAAAUCUUAACUCCCCUGUUUUUGUCAACCGUUUUGUGGAAAGUUUGUUCUAUUAUGGUGCACUUUUCGAUAGUCUAGGAGAUUGUAUGAGCCAGAACGGUGAGAAUAGAUUGGUGAUGGAAUCAGAGUACUUUGGGAAGGCGAUAUGGAAUAUUGUGGUGGCGGAAGGAGAUGAACGAGUGAUUAGACAUGUGAAUUUGAAUGUUUGGAGGGCGUUUUUUAGUCGGUUUGGAAUGGAGGAGAUGGAGCUUAGUAUGGCGUCUCUUUAUCAAGCGAAUUUGGUGGUAAAGAAAUUUGAUUGUGGGAGUUCUUGCACGCUUGAUUUAGAUGGGAAGUGCUUGAUCGCGGGUUGGAAAGGAACACCGAUGCAUUCGCUUUCGGUAUGGAAGUUCGGAUUAGAUAACUAA